ACCGAGGUGGAUCAGCGCUGCGACCCGGUUUCCCCCAGUGGAGUCAUGUCCUCCCCCUCUUCCUCUUCCUCUUCCUCUUCCUCCUCGUCUUCCUCGGCGCUGUCCUACUUCUGUCCCCGCUGCGGGUUCCAGUCCCGGUUCCGGUCGGUUCCUGAGCUCCGGUUGCACCUGGUUCGCCGACACACCUACGAGACGCUGCUGCUGCUGUCGCAGGCCCGGGUUCGGAGCUCCAGGCCCGGCGGGGCCCCCCUCCCCCUGCCGGCCCCCCCAGGGUCGCAGAACCAGGACUCUGGGGGGGCGGGUUCCUGGUUCCAGGUGUUCGGUUCCUCGGCCAGCGCCGGGUCCCUGGUCCGGUUCCCCGGGGGGGGCCUCUGGGGGCCCCUGGACCUGGGGGGGCCCCUGGGGGGGCUCCUGGGGGGGGGCCUUGGACCAGGUCUGGACCUGGGUCUGGGACCAGGUCUGGACCUGGGUCUGGGACCAGGUCUGGACCAGAAACUGGCCAGGACCCUGGCCGACGUGGAGGAGAGAGUGAGGCGGCGGGUGAGCCGGCUGGAGGCGGAGCUACGGAGGAGGGAGGCGGAGCUUCAGCGGCAGAGGCGGGACGCGGCGAAGCUGAGGAUCGAGAAGAAGGAGGCCGAGGAGCAGGUGGAGCAGCUGGCCAGACAGGUGGUGGUUGCCAUGGAGAUUACGGAGCGUCUGAAGGACGAUCUGGACGGGAAGCAGAAGGAGCUGGAGCAGAACCAGAGGCAGAUGGACGACAUGGAGAGUUUUCUGAGGGCGACGGCGGAGAGAGAAGCUGAGGCCAAAUCCAGACUCCAGGUGUUCAUCGAGACGCUGCUGGAUCGAGCCGACCGCGCAGAGACGCAGCUGCUGCUGCUUAGCCGCGGCUAUGGGUACGGCUACGACAGGUGCGGCUACGGCUACGACAGGUGCGGCUACGACAGGUCGGCCCGCAGCCUGGAUGGCAGCGCGACCGACAUCAUCACCGACAAGCUGCAGGAAACCAUUGGCAACAGAAGAAGUUCCAGCGUCUCCAACUCCUGCAGGCUGGAAGAUCAGAUAUUCAGUCACCAUCUCUGCAGUGGGACAGGUCCUCAGGUCACCAGGCGCUCCAGCCACGUCCUGUUACCAGGGCGGGUUCUGACCCACGUACCAAGGACUUUCGGACACACUCUUGCAUAA